AUGUUGCGUGAUGUUGCGAUGAACUAUUCCUUCCCGGGAGGUGUGUCUUGGGCAGAGAGAAAGAGCUCAGGGGUGCCGAACCCCCGCAUGCGGAAGUACCCGGUACCUGCGGCGGAUCUGCUCGCUCAGUCGCACACGCGAACCGGCCCAGCAGGUCUCGCCUGCUCCGUCCCGCUGCCUUACCUCAGGUACUCUACUGCGAGGGUGCUGCUGCGGCCACUACUGAGAAGCCAGUACGAAAGAUGCGGAGACUCGGCGAGAAGGUGCGGUGCUCCCCAUCCCCUCUUUGUCUGGGCCGCUCGAAGUACCGGGUACCGCAUACUUUGCCUUGCGGGAAGGUCGUUCUGGGCCAUGUCAUCCUGCUCUGCUCUUCUCUACCACGUACUCUGCUCCACACACCUCUCCCACCUCUCCCACCAUCCUCCCAUCUUCCCGCAACAGUUACACGCUUCGUUCGUUUCGUGUCUUGCUCUGCUGGUUCUACCUCUUGUUCUCUUCUUCUUUUCCAUGUCACUCACUCCCACCUUCCUUUUCGGCCACGCCCCUCCACCCCUCCUUUUCGUCCUCUUAUUUUCAAACCCAGUCCCAAUCGAGGAUACCCUCUUCUUCGCCGGCCUCCGCAUCUACCGGCGUCUGUGUGAGAGGGUGAGAGAGAGCUGUAUUCCUACGUGGAUGGGCACUUACAUAGGCUUGCGCGCGCCCACCCCCAACUUGUCCUCCUCUCACAUACUUGGCUCCUCGCUCGCCUACUCGCCCACCCAACCACCACCAUCACCACCAUCUCAAUCCUUCGGACUGGGAUUAGUCGUCCACACCCGCAAGCACCAUCACACACAACCACGACAAGGACCAGGACCAGGACCAGGGACCAGACUAAAAAUCAACUCUCCUGCAUGUCCCGCCCGCUCCUCUCACAUAUCUCCGUUCACCACUGGCUACCCGGCUCGCACCCGUAACCCUCGACCGUUCCCAGUUUCUAUCCUCUUUGGACCGCAUCCUCGACUCUCUUCAACGAAUGACCGUCUUGUUUGCUUCGAUUUUCAUCCCGACAGCCUCUCAUAA